GGGAAGGGGGCUGCAGCUGUUAUAAGGGGUUUCAGACAGCGAAAGGUCAGGUGAUUUCUGUCCAUCCGUCCGUCUAUCAGUGACCAUGUUUCAUCCGCUUCACUUUCUGCUGCUAGCUUCGGCUGUGCUGCUCUGCAACACCAACCCUACCCCCACGGAGAAACAUGGUGGCACAGACACCAGGUGUCCUCUGAUGGUGAAGAUCCUGGAUGCUGUGAAAGGGACUCCGGCCGGCUCGGUGACACUCAGGCUGUCUCAGAAGACUGCUGAUGGGGGAUGGACAGACAUCGCUAAUGGAAUAACAGAUGCCACUGGAGAGGUCCAUAACCUUAUCACAGAGCAGCAGUUCCCAGCAGGAGUGUAUCGGGUCGAGUUUGAUACCAAAACUUACUGGAAGAAUGAGGGCAGCACGCCAUUCCAUGAAGUAGCUGAGGUGGUGUUUGAGGCCCAUGCCGGAGGUCAUCAUCACUACACCUUGGCUUUGCUGCUCAGUCCGUACUCAUACACCACUACAGCCGUGGUCACUGAUGCACACAAGUGAAAAACAUAAUAUAGUGAAGGCUGGAGAUCAGAUCUUAGUGCUGAUCCAAAUCAACAAUGAAUGUAUCCCACUAUCAAUGACUGUUUGUAUCACACCCUGAUGUUUCCUCUUCCUCUGUGUCACAGAGCUCCACUAAAACUCAUUAUCGAGCUAC